AUGGGGCCUGUCAGGGAGCGCGUCUCCGAAGGAUGGCAGAUGCAGGAAGCACAGGUGACCAAAGCAGCACCAAAGCGGCGGCGCGAAGGUUUCCCGGUUCGUCGGAUGUGGACGGCGCGGACGUGCUCUCCUGCUGAGUUUGCUAGGGCGGGUGGAGGGGCAGCACUGGGCACAAGACAGGCUUUUGCUGCAGGAUCGCGCGCUGUUUUGUGGAUUACGAUUGCCAGGAAGGUCGCUCGGCUGGCUGGCCAAGGGUCGGGCCCCAGCGGGCCUGGUCGGGUCGAGUCUUCAAUUCUGCUCGGACGGCUGAUACGAGGCGGCGGCGGUAGUCUUGGUGAAGGCUGCGGCUUGCAGAGGAGCCGCCGCGCCAGCAUGGUCAGCAUGGUUAGCACAGUCGUAACCGAGAAGAAACAGGCGGCGUUGCUGUGCUGCGUCGGACCAGAGGAGCCAGACACCCAGGCACCCAGACAGGCGGCGCCACAGCUGAAGCCGCCGCGAUACCCCUCGUCGGACUGA